AUGUUUCGUCGCCGUUGUAGACAAUCGGCACUAUUGCUUUUGCUAUUGGCGCAAAAAGCAAGCCCAACCGAAAUCCACGCCCCGCCACCAUUCAAUGUGCCUCAAAGCCCCGCUCUAGAUCAUGUAAACCUACUCAUAGGAAAUGGAGGGGAUACUCCAAACGGCUCCGGCGGUAUGAUACCGUCAACGUCACCACCGUUUGGAAUGACACGAUGGGUCGCGCAGACUCAAGCAUCAUACGUGUCGGCGACGCCAUACAACUGGACCCUCAACAAGGUUCAUGGCUUCGUUGGCACGCGACAGCCCGCGAUCUGGAUGGGGGAGAGCGGCCUUGUAGGUGUCGUUCCUGGGGUUCUGCCUCAAGGUGGUGAAGUGAAAGUCGGGUUCGAUGAGCGUGCGCUUAAUAUCGUGCUGGAUGAUCAAGGGGAGAAGAAUGAGGUUGUGAGUGUGGGGUACUAUAGCGUUGUGCUGGACGAUGGACACGGUGGUACGGUUCUAGUGGAACAGAGCGCAACCUCGCGUGUCGGACACCUCCGCUUCACGUUCUCGCCCUCAAGUGAUAAUAGGCCGUACAUUUUUAUUGAAGCAGCUCGCCCCUCUAUCCUCACUUCCACUUCAACCAACGUAUCAUACCCAUCAGGCUUCGUCUCCAUUGACGGGCGUGAGAUAUGUGGAUACUCCUCGGAAAGACAGGAUUGGAUCAUCACACCCAUUUCACAAAGUGACGAGGCUGCAGGUUUCAAAGGGUACUUUUGUGCCCGGUUUGACUUUCAGCUUCAGGAACAAAGUGUCAUUAUCCAGAAUGGCACAACGCAUCACGGACAGAAGAACGCUGAAGGCCCGUUACUGGGAGCGUAUACUUUCGCUCCCACUUCAAGCUCUCGCCACAGCAUGAUCGACCUGAGAGUGGGGACGUCAUUCAUCUCCGUUGAUCAAGCUAGAGCGAAUAUUGACGAUGAGAUCCCGGACUCACCUGGUGCCGAAGGAUCGCUUGAAACAACCGCUAAACGUGUACGCUCCGCAUGGGCAUCUCAGGUUGAUCGUAUCACCAUUGAUGGUGCAAGUGACGAAGAGAAGGAUGUCUUUUUUACUGGUGUGGUGCACACCCUUCAAUAUCCAAGUGAACAGCACGAACAAGGCCGAUACUACUCUGGCUAUGACAACACCAUCCAUCCUCUCGAAGAUGGCGGUGAAUCUUACACGGGUUACUCAAUCUGGGAUACAUUCCGCGCCCAAUGGGCCUGGACAAUACUCUUCGUCCCGGACCGCGUCCCAGGGAUGGUACAAAGUAUGUUGGCGGACUAUCAACAGAGCGGUUGGCUGCCAAUGUGGAAAAACAUCGUAGAAACGAAUAUCAUGGUCGGUACCCACGCAGACUCGCUCAUCGCAGAAGCCGUCCUGAAAGGCAUUACUGGUUUCGAUCGCAAUCUGGCUUGGGAGGCUGUGUGGAAGGAUGCAACGACGCCACCCCAGCGAGAUUGGGAGGUCGUCUACGCUGAUCGAGAGGAGCAUGUUGACUAUGAAGUCCGAGCUGGACUCUCUUCAGUGUACAAUGUGCCGGGGAAGGGGUGGGUUGCGGACGAUAUUCAUUCAGAGAGUGCCUCGCGGACUCUAGAUUAUGCUUAUGAUGAUUAUGCUGCCUACGUCCUUGCCCGGGAGCUGGGCAAGCCGGCUAACGUUACGAAUUUCUUGUUGGAGCGGGCUUUGAGAGCACCUUUCACGUUGUUCAAUGAUGCGACUGGUUUCAUGGAAGCGAGGAACGCUGACGGGAGUUGGGCUGGCGAGGAUAAUGGUUGGACUGAGGGUGAUAAAUGGGCUUAUUCGUUUGAUGUCGUCCACGAUGUCCCCGAGCUCAUCAAGCGACGCGGGGGAAACUUGAGCUUUGUCCGGAGUCUAGACGAGCACUUUGAUGGUGGGCAUAAUGAACACAGUAACGAGCCGUCGCACCACAUUCCAUACCUUUACGCCAUGGCCGGAGCUGCUUAUAAAACUCAGGAGCGAGUGAGGGAGAUCGCCAAAGAAAAUUAUAAUAAUUCGCCUACUGGCUUGUCUGGGAAUGAAGACUGCGGCCAGAUGAGCGCUUGGUACAUCUUUAGUGCCAUGGGUUUCUACCCCGUGAAUCCCGUCUCUGGAGAAUAUAUCGUCGGAUCGCCAUUCUUCGAAGAUAUCUUUAUCACCUUGCAAGGAACAUCCAAAAAGCUACACAUUAGCGCACCAGGGGCUUUGACGAAGCCAUACAUCAAGUCUCUUACCCUAAACGGGGAGAAAGUACCUGUUCCUAUAAUCCGCCAUGAACAGAUUGCCCAUGGAGCUGAGGUCGUCUUUGAGAUGAGCGAUCGCGUGGAAAGAUGGGGUAAUGAUGGAGCUGUCUUGGAAGGUCUGGGUCUCCGUUUCAAUAAGCAGGCUGGGGCGCAGGAGACAUUCGAAGGCUGGGUUGAUAGCGCAUCAAAAGCCACUGAGAAAAUCUCAUUGGAUAGGAAUCGGAUCGAACUGUGA